AUGCAGAAGCAAGUCGACCGCAAUCAAGCACCAAAAUCUGUUGAUCGUGUCGAUUCAGCUACUCCACCAUAUGACCGUUUAGAUCAUGUCCACUUUACAGAUGGAAGCGCACUCUACAAUGAUGCUACAUGGAAACAUGGUGGACGUCGACUAACAAACGCUGAAAAAGAAUGGUUGACAGCAAAUGGCUGGCCAUUACCUUAA